CGGCAGCGAGGUACCGGGCCCGGCGGGGCUGUCCGAACAGGGCCCCGGGGUCCCAGGCCCUUUAGUUGCUCUCGGACUUGCCUGAGCGGAAACUCGGCGCCACCACAAGAUGGCGUCGGGCCUGGAGCGCAGGCAGCGCCGGGGACAGCCCCGAGUCUCCAGGCCCCGGGACCGUCGCUGUCAGCCCCCUCCGCACGCGAACCAGGGGAGGGGGGGAGCAAGCUGCUGACCCAGGGGGCCUGCGGGCUGUACCACCGACCCUUCCCCCGGGGGGACUUGGGGGACCAAAGGGCUGAACCACUGAGCCUGAUCGGGCCCCGUAGAGUGAACCACUCUGCUGGAAUCAUGGAGGGAAGGAGAAAAGGGUCAAGAUUACCCGCCAUUGACGACCCUCCCGGGGAUGGGGAAAGAGCCCGAGACGGGGAAGCAAGGCUUCCUGGUUCUGUUUUCCCGAAGCUCCCCUCGCGGUACACUAGAAAGCCCCGCCCCGUCGGCUACUCGGUCUCUGCAUCUGCGAAAUGGGCGCAUGGGUGCAGCUGGGUGGGCCGCGAUGGCCGGGGCCGAGGAGGAGGCCCACCUGUUCCAGCCCCCGUCACCGCUUCUCGCAGAGUGAAGGCCCCAGAUCCUGCGCCCUCCUGUCAGGCCUCCCCCAGAACCAAUGGAAGAGAACGAGGUGGAGAGCAGUAGCGACGCAGCCCCUGGGCCUGGCCAGCCCGAAGAGCCCUCUGAGAGCGGCUUGGGUGUGGGCACCUCGGAAGCCGUGUCGGCCGACAGCAGCGACGCGGCGGCCGCCCCGGGGCCGGCGGAGGCCGACGACUCCCGCGUGGGUCAGAGCUCGGACCGCGGUAGCAGCUCUCUGGAGGACGUAUCCGAGAGCAGCUCCAGCAUAGACCCGCUGCCCCAUGGCUACCUCCCUGAUUCAUCCUCUGUUUCCCACGGGCCAGUGGCCGGGGUGACGGGUGCCCCCCCCGCCCUGGUGCACUCCAGCGCACUCCCAGACCCCAACAUGCUGGUGUCCGACUGCACGGCUUCCUCCUCGGACCUGGGCUCAGCCAUCGAAAAGAUCAUCGAGUCCACCAUCGGGCCCGAGCUCAUCCAGAGCUGCAUCACUGUGACCAGUGCUGAGGAUAGUGGGGCCAAGACGACACAGUACCUGAUCCUACAAGGGCCUGAUGAUGGUGCCCCCAUGGCAUCACCGAUGUCCAGUUCCACCUUGGCCCACAGCCUGGCAGCCAUUGAGGCCCUGGCCGAUGGGCCCACAUCCACAUCUACGUGCCUGGAGCCACCUGAGGAGGCUCAGGGUGGGCCCAGCUCCCCAGUGCAGCCACCCCUGGGUUCUGGCACCGAGGAGCCGGACCUGCAGAGCCUGGAGGCCAUGAUGGAGGUGGUGGUGGUGCAGCAGUUCAAGUGCAAGAUGUGCCAGUACCGGAGCAGCACCAAGGCCACGCUGUUGCGCCACAUGCGAGAACGGCACUUCCGCCCAGCAGCAGCUGGUAAGAAGGGACGUCUGCGCAAGUGGGGCCCCUCAGCCAAGACCCAGGAGGAAGAGGGCCCAGAGGAGGAAGAUGACGAUGACAUUGUAGAUGCUGGUGCCAUCGAUGACCUGGAGGAGGACAGCGACUACAACCCUGCUGAGGACGAGCCCCGGGGCCGGCAGCUGCGGCCCCAGCGCCCUGCUCCCAGUACUCCAAGACCCCGAAGGAGGCCUGGCCGUCCGCGGAAGCUGCCCCGCCUGGAGACCUUGGACCUCCCUGGUGGUGUGGAAGGAGAGCCUCUAGUGAGUUCCCUGAGUGGACAGAGCCCUCCAGAGCCACAAGACCCUGAGGCGCCCAGUUCCUCGGGUCCAAGACGCCUGGUGGCCCUGAGCAAGGCCGACAGACCCCCCGUGGAGCCUGGUGUGAGCCAGUCAGAUGCGGAGAACGCGGCACCCUCUGGCCAGGACGAGCCCGACGCCCCGCCCCGCCGCCGGGGUCGACCCUCCAGGCGCUUCCUGGGCAAGAAAUACCGCAAGUACUAUUACAAGUCUCCCAAACCGCUCCUGCGGCCCUUCCUGUGCCGCAUCUGUGGCUCCCGCUUCCUGUCCCAUGAGGACCUGCGCUUCCACGUCAACUCUCAUGAGGCCGGCGACCCCCAGCUCUUCAAGUGCCUGCAGUGCAGCUACCGCUCCCGCCGCUGGUCCUCGCUCAAGGAGCACAUGUUCAACCACGUGGGCAGUAAGCCCUACAAGUGUGACGAAUGCAGCUACACCAGCGUCUACCGCAAGGACGUCAUUCGGCACGCGGCCGUGCACAGCCGGGACCGGAAGAAGAGGCCAGAUCCGACCCCGAAGCUGAGCUCCUUCCCCUGUCCUGUGUGUGGCCGUGUGUACCCCAUGCAGAAGAGACUCACGCAGCACAUGAAGACACAUAGCACAGAGAAGCCCCACAUGUGCGACAAGUGUGGAAAGUCCUUUAAGAAGCGUUACACCUUUAAGAUGCACCUCCUCACGCACAUCCAGGCUGUCGCCAAUCGCAGGUUCAAGUGCGAGUUCUGCGAGUUUGUUUGUGAAGACAAGAAAGCGCUGCUGAAUCACCAGCUGUCCCAUGUCAGCGACAAGCCCUUCAAAUGCAACUUCUGCCCCUAUCGCACCUUCCGAGAGGACUUCCUGCUGUCCCAUGUGGCUGUCAAGCACACAGGGGCCAAGCCCUUUGCCUGUGAGUACUGCCACUUCAGCACGCGGCACAAGAAGAAUCUCCGCCUGCACGUACGGUGCCGACAUGCAAGCAGCUUUGAGGAGUGGGGGCGGCGCCAUCCUGAGGAGCCCCCUUCCCGCCGUCGCCCCUUCUUCUCUCUGCAGCAGAUUGAGGAGCUGAAGCAGCAGCAUAGUGCGGCCCCUGGACCACUGCCUAGCUCCCCAGGACCUCCUGAGAUCCCCCCAGAGACAGCACCUUUCCAAUCACCCGGGAGCCCCCCGCUGCUCUGUUCUGACACCCUGGGUGGUGCCACCAUCAUCUACCAGCAAGGAGCCGAGGAGUCAACGGCCAUGGCCACACAGACAGCCUUGGAUCUGCUGCUGAACAUGAGCGCUCAGCGGGAGCUGGGCGGCACGGCCCUGCAGGUGGCUGUGGUGAAGUCGGAGGACGUGGAAGCAGAGUUGGCAGCCCCUGUCGGGCAGCCCUCCCCAGCAGGUGCCACUCCCCAAGUGGUAACUCUCCACAUGGCAGAGCCGGGGGGUAGCGCAGCCGCUGAGAGCCAGCUGGGCCCCCCUGACCUGCGGCAGAUCACCCUGGCACCCGGGCCAUUUGGCGGGGCUGGCUACAGUGUCAUCACAGCACCCACCAUGGAGGAGGGUUCAUCAGCUCCUGGAACACCUUACAGCGAGGAGCCCCCAGGGGAGGCAGCCCAGGCCGUGGUGGUGAAUGACACCCUGAAAGAAGCUGGCACCCACUUCAUUAUGGCAGCGGACGGGACCCAGCUGCACCACAUCGAGCUGACUGCAGAUGGUUCCAUCUCCUUCCCAAGCCCAGAUGCCCUGGCCUCUGGAGCCAAGUGGCCCCUGCUGCAGUGUGGGGGGCUGCCCAGAGACAGCGGUCCUGAGCCCCCAUCUCCAGCCAGGACCCACGGGGUAGGGGACCCGCAGGGCUCCGCCUCCCCCCCUCCUGCAGCCAGCAAAGCCCUGGGCCUCGUGGCGCCCUCCUCGCCACCAUCUUCAGCCACGGCGUCGUCAAAGAAGUUUUCCUGCAAGAUCUGUGCCGAGGCCUUCCCUGGCCGUGCUGAGAUGGAGAGUCACAAGCGGGCCCACGCGGGGCCCAGUGCCUUCAAGUGCCCCGACUGCUCCUUCAGUGCUCGCCAGUGGCCCGAGGUCCGGGCCCACAUGGCACAGCACUCGAGCCUGAGGCCCCACCAGUGCACCCAGUGCAGCUUUGCCUCCAAGAACAAGAAGGACCUGCGGCGGCACAUGCUGACCCACACUAACGAGAAGCCCUUCGCCUGCCACCUCUGCGGGCAGCGUUUCAACCGCAACGGGCACCUCAAGUUCCACAUCCAGCGGCUGCACAGUCCUGAUGGCAGGAAGGCGGCGACCCCGAGCGCACGGGCCCCGGCCCGGACCCCCACCCAGACCAUCAUCCUCAACAGCGAUGACGAGACACUGGCCACGUUGCACACUGCGCUGCAGUCCAGUCACGGGGUCCUGGGCCCAGAGCGGCUGCAACAGGCACUGGGCCAGGAACACAUCAUCGUGGCCCAGGAACAGACAGUGACCAAUCAGGAAGAAGCCACCUACAUCCAGGAGAUCACGACAGCAGACGGUCAGACGGUGCAGCACCUAGUGACAGCCGAUAACCAGGUCCAGUACAUCAUCUCCCAGGACGGAGUCCAGCACCUGCUCCCCCAGGAAUACGUUGUGGUCCCAGAAGGCCAUCACAUCCAGGUACAGGAAGGCCAGAUCACACACAUCCAGUAUGAACAAGGGGGCUCGUUCCUUCAGGAGUCCCAGAUCCAGUAUGUGCCUGUGUCCCCGGGCCAACAGCUCGUCACACAGGCCCAGCUUGAGGCUGCAGCCCACUCAGCUGUCACAGCGGUGGCCGAUGCUGCCAUGGCCCAAGCCCAAGGCCUGUUUGGCACAGAGGAGGCAGUGCCUGAACACAUCCAACAGCUGCAGCACCAGGGCAUCGAGUACGACGUCAUCACCCUGACCGAUGACUGAGCCCCAGGGGCCCUGACGCAGAACACGGAUUGGAGGGCCAGCCCUGCUGGGGGUGGGGGACCCCUGCGAGCUCCCUGCCUGCGCCACGUGGGGUCUCCAGAUAGCUGAGCAGCCAGCAUCCUAUCACUCCUGGGGAGCCAGACCUGUGCUGCUGGGGUUAGGGGACAGCCAAGGGGCCCAGCCAGGACAUGCUGGGUGUCCCAGCCUGCAGGCAGGCUUUGGGAAAGAAAUUUAUUUUUGUUUGGAUGGACCCACUGGUCCCUCAUCAAUAAAGGGGCCGGAGUCCAGCCCUGCACAGCUCA